CCCGCCGCGCGCCGUCUCCUCCCGCCAUGGCCCGGGCCCCGGGGCCCGCCGCCCACCGCCCGCCGCCCCUCGCGCCCCAGGGGCUCAGCUGAUCCUGAAUUGGCGGGGUGGGGGGGGAGCGGCUGGCGGGGCCGGGGGUCCCCCUCGAAUUCCGGCUUCGGGGGGGCACGCGGCGUCCCCGCGCCUCUAACCUGGACGACCCCCCGCUGCCCUGCCAAGUCCAUGCCAAGGGCUCCUGGUUCGGCGCCAACAUGGCCGAGAGCUCCUCGCCGCCCUCCUCGUCUGCCGCAGCCGCAGCCCCAGCAGCUGAGCUGGGAGUCACGGAGCAGCCGGGGCCCCAGAGCCCCCCUCCCUCCCCUCCAGGCCUGGAGGAGCCCCUGGAUGGAGCCGAUCCUGAAGUCCCUCACCCGGACCUGGCACCUGUUGCCUUCUUCUGCCUACGACAGACCACCAGCCCCCGGAACUGGUGCAUCAAGAUGGUGUGUAACCCAUGGUUUGAAUGUGUCAGCAUGCUGGUGAUCCUGCUGAACUGCGUGACACUUGGCAUGUACCAGCCCUGCGACGAUAUGGAUUGCCUGUCGGACCGCUGCAAGAUCCUGCAGGUCUUUGAUGACUUCAUCUUCGUCUUCUUUGCCAUGGAGAUGGUGCUGAAAAUGGUGGCCCUGGGCAUUUUUGGCAAGAAGUGCUACCUUGGGGACACAUGGAACCGACUGGACUUCUUCAUUGUCAUGGCAGGGAUGGUCGAGUACUCUCUGGACCUCCAGAACAUCAACCUGUCGGCCAUCCGCACCGUGCGUGUCCUGAGGCCCCUCAAAGCCAUCAACCGUGUGCCCAGUAUGCGGAUCCUGGUGAACCUGCUCCUGGACACGCUGCCCAUGCUGGGGAAUGUCCUCCUGCUCUGCUUCUUCGUCUUCUUCAUCUUCGGCAUCAUCGGCGUGCAGCUCUGGGCGGGCCUGCUGCGUAACCGCUGCUUCCUGGAGGAGAACUUCACCAUACAAGGGGAUGUGGCGCUGCCCCCCUACUACCAGCCAGAGGAGGACGACGAGAUGCCCUUCAUCUGCUCCCUUUCGGGGGACAAUGGCAUCAUGGGCUGCCACGAGAUCCCCCCGCUCAAGGAGCAGGGCCGUGAGUGCUGCCUGUCCAAGGAUGAUGUCUAUGACUUCGGGGCGGGGCGCCAGGACCUCAAUGCCAGCGGGCUCUGUGUCAACUGGAACCGCUACUAUAAUGUGUGCCGCACGGGCAGCGCCAACCCCCACAAGGGUGCCAUCAAUUUCGACAACAUCGGCUACGCCUGGAUCGUCAUCUUCCAGGUGAUUACCCUGGAAGGCUGGGUGGAGAUCAUGUACUAUGUGAUGGAUGCUCACUCCUUCUACAACUUCAUCUACUUUAUCCUGCUUAUCAUAGUGGGCUCCUUCUUCAUGAUCAACCUGUGCCUCGUUGUCAUAGCGACCCAGUUCUCGGAGACCAAGCAGCGGGAGCACCGGCUGAUGCUGGAGCAGCGGCAGCGCUACCUGUCCUCCAGCACGGUGGCCAGCUACGCGGAGCCCGGCGACUGUUACGAGGAGAUCUUCCAGUACGUCUGUCACAUCUUGCGCAAGGCCAGGAGGCGUGCCCUGGGCCUCUACCAGGCCCUGCAGAGCCGGCGCCGGGCCCCGGGCCCGGGGGCGUCCCCCUCCGCCAAGCCCGGGCCCCGCGCCAAGGAGCCCAGGCAUUACAAGCUGUGCCCUCGACACAGUCCCCUGGACCCGAUGCCCCACACACCGGUGCAGCCCAUCUCUGCCAUGCUGGCCUCCGAUCCUGCCAGCUGUCCCCGCUGCCAGCACGAGGGGAGCCGGCGGCCCUCGGGCCCGGGCAGCACCGACUCGGGCCAGGAGGGCUCGGGCUCUGGUGGCUCAGGUGGUGACUCGGAGGAGGUGGAUGGGGACGGGGCCCGGAGCAGCGAGGAUGGGACCUCCUCAGGCCUGGAGAAGGAGGACGAGGAGGAACAGGCGGACGGGGCGGCCCGGCUGUGCGGGGAUGUGUGGCGGGAGACCCGAGCCAAGCUUCGAGGCAUCGUGGACAGCAAGUACUUCAACCGGGGCAUCAUGAUGGCCAUCUUGGUUAACACCGUCAGCAUGGGCAUCGAACACCAUGAGCAGCCUGAGGAGCUGACCAACAUCCUAGAGAUCUGUAACGUCGUCUUCACCAGCAUGUUUGCCCUGGAGAUGCUCCUGAAGCUGGCCGCCUUCGGGCUCUUCGACUACCUGCGCAACCCCUACAACAUCUUCGACAGCAUCAUCGUCAUCAUCAGCAUCUGGGAGAUUGUGGGGCAGGCGGACGGUGGCCUGUCGGUGCUGCGGACCUUCCGGCUGCUGCGGGUGCUCAAGCUGGUGCGUUUCAUGCCCGCUUUGCGGCGCCAGCUGGUGGUGCUCAUGAAGACCAUGGACAACGUGGCCACCUUCUGCAUGCUGCUCAUGCUCUUCAUCUUCAUCUUCAGCAUCCUCGGGAUGCACAUCUUUGGCUGCAAAUUCAGCCUCCGCACGGACACAGGAGACACGGUCCCCGACAGGAAGAACUUUGACUCCCUGCUGUGGGCCAUCGUCACAGUGUUCCAGAUCCUCACCCAGGAGGACUGGAACGUUGUCCUCUACAAUGGCAUGGCCUCCACCUCCCCCUGGGCCUCCCUCUACUUUGUCGCCCUCAUGACCUUUGGCAACUAUGUGCUCUUCAACCUCCUGGUGGCCAUCUUGGUGGAGGGUUUCCAGGCAGAGGGUGACGCCAAUCGCUCCUACUCGGACGAGGACCAGAGCUCAUCCAACAUGGAGGAGUUCGACAAGCUUCAGGAGGGCCUGGAUAGCGGCGGAGAUCCCAAGAUCUGCCCAAUCCCCAUGACCCCCAAUGGGCACCUGGACCCCAGUCUCCCACUGGGUGGACAUCUGGGCCCCCCCGGGGCUGCGGCACCCGCCCCCCGCCUCUCGCUGCAGCCGGACCCCGUCCUAGUGGCCCUGGGCUCCCGCAAGAGCAGCGUCAUGUCACUGGGGAGGAUGAGCUGUGACCAACGCUCCCUGUCCAGCUCCCGGAGCUCCUACUACGGGCCGUGGGGCCGCAGCGGGGCCUGGGCCAGCCGCCGCUCCAGCUGGAACAGCCUCAAGCACAAGCCGCAGUCGGCCGAGCACGAGUCCCUGCUCUCGGCGGAGCGCGGUGGCGGUCCCCGGGCCUGCGAGGGCCCCAGGGACGAGGGCCCGCCGCGGGCUGCGCCGCUGCACGCUCCGCACGCCCACCACGUGCACCACGGUCCCCACCCGGCGCACCGGCACCGCCACCACCGCCGGACGCUGUCCCUCGACACCAGAGACUCGAUGGACCUGGCCGAGCUGGUGCCCGCCGUGGGCGCCCACCCCCGGGCGACCUGGAGGGCGGUGGGGCCGGCCCCCGGGCACGAGGACUGCAAUGGCAGGAUGCCCAGCAUCGCCAAGGAUGUCUUCACCAAAAUGGACGACCGCCGGGAUCGCGGGGAGGACGAGGAGGAGAUGGACUACACCCUGUGCUUCCGCGUCCGCAAGAUGAUCGACGUCUAUAAGCCUGACUGGUGCGAGGUCCGCGAGGACUGGUCUGUCUACCUCUUCUCCCCUGAGAACAGGUUCCGAGUCCUGUGUCAGACCAUCAUUGCCCACAAGCUCUUCGACUAUGUGGUCCUGGCCUUCAUCUUUCUCAACUGCAUCACCAUCGCCCUGGAGAGGCCCCAGAUCGAGGCCGGCAGCACCGAACGUAUCUUCCUCACUGUGUCGAACUACAUCUUCACAGCCAUCUUCGUGGGCGAGAUGACGCUGAAGGUUGUCUCGCUGGGCCUGUACUUUGGCGAGCAGGCGUACUUGCGUAGCAGCUGGAACGUGCUGGAUGGCUUUCUGGUCUUCGUGUCGAUCAUUGACAUAGUGGUGUCUGUGGCCUCAGCCGGGGGAGCCAAGAUCCUAGGGGUCCUUCGAGUCCUGCGGCUCCUGCGCACCCUAAGGCCCCUGCGUGUCAUCAGCCGAGCGCCUGGUCUGAAGCUGGUGGUGGAGACGCUCAUCUCUUCCCUCAAGCCCAUUGGCAACAUCGUCCUCAUCUGCUGUGCCUUCUUCAUCAUCUUUGGCAUCCUGGGGGUGCAGCUCUUCAAGGGCAAGUUCUACCACUGUCUGGGUGUGGACACCCGCAACAUCACCAACCGCUCUGACUGCGUGGCUGCCAACUACCGCUGGGUCCACCACAAGUACAACUUUGACAACCUGGGCCAGGCCCUGAUGUCCCUCUUUGUCCUGGCCUCCAAGGAUGGCUGGGUGAACAUCAUGUACAACGGACUGGAUGCUGUCGCUGUGGACCAGCAGCCGGUGCCCAACCACAACCCCUGGAUGCUGCUCUACUUCAUCUCCUUCCUGCUCAUCGUCAGCUUCUUCGUGCUCAACAUGUUCGUGGGCGUCGUGGUGGAGAACUUCCACAAGUGCCGGCAGCACCAGGAGGCCGAGGAGGCGCGGCGGCGCGAGGAGAAGCGGCUGCGGCGCCUGGAGAAGAAGCGCCGGAAGGCCCAGCGUCUGCCCUACUAUGCCACCUAUUGUCCCACCCGGCUGCUCAUCCACUCCAUGUGUACCAGCCACUACCUGGACAUCUUCAUCACCUUCAUCAUCUGCCUCAAUGUGGUCACCAUGUCCCUGGAGCACUACAACCAGCCCACGUCCCUGGAGACAGCCCUCAAGUAUUGCAACUACAUGUUCACCACUGUGUUUGUGCUGGAGGCUGUGCUGAAGCUGGUGGCGUUUGGGCUGAGGCGCUUCUUCAAGGACCGGUGGAACCAGCUGGACCUGGCCAUUGUGCUGCUGUCGGUCAUGGGCAUCACGCUGGAGGAGAUUGAGAUCAACGCGGCACUGCCCAUCAACCCCACCAUCAUCCGCAUCAUGCGGGUUCUGCGCAUCGCUCGGGUGCUGAAGCUGUUGAAGAUGGCCACGGGGAUGCGGGCCCUGCUGGACACCGUGGUGCAAGCUCUGCCCCAGGUGGGCAACCUGGGCCUUCUCUUCAUGCUGCUUUUCUUUAUCUACGCCGCCCUCGGCGUGGAGCUCUUCGGGAAGCUGGUCUGCAAUGAUGAGAACCCAUGCGAGGGCAUGAGCCGGCAUGCUACCUUCGAGAACUUCGGCAUGGCCUUCCUCACACUCUUCCAGGUCUCGACCGGCGACAACUGGAAUGGGAUCAUGAAGGACACGCUGCGGGACUGCACCCACGAUGAGCGCAGCUGCCUGAGCAGCCUGCAGUUUGUGUCACCGCUGUACUUCGUCAGCUUCGUGCUCACGGCCCAGUUCGUGCUCAUCAACGUGGUGGUGGCCGUGCUCAUGAAGCACCUGGACGACAGCAACAAGGAGGCCCAGGAGGACGCCGAGCUGGACGCCGAGCUGGAGCUCGAGAUGGCCCACGGCCUGGGUCCCAGCCCGCGGCCGCCCACCAGCUCCCCGGGGGCGCCUGGCCGAGGCCCGGGCGGGCCGGGCGGCGGGGGUGACGCCGAGGGCCGCCUGUGCCGGCGCUGCUACUCUCCGGCCCAGGAGAACCUGUGGCUGGACAGCGUCUCUUUAAUCAUCAAGGACUCCUUGGAGGGGGAGCUGACCAUCAUUGACAACCUGUCCGGUUCCAUCUUCCAUCACUACUCCUCGCCGGCCGGCUGCGAAAAGUGUCACCACGACAAGCAAGAGGUGCAGCUGGCCGAGACGGAGGCCUUCUCCCUGAACUCAGACAAGUCCUCCUCCAUCCUGCUGGGUGAUGACCUGAGUCUGGAGGGCCCCACGGCCUGCCCACUCGGCCCCAAAGACAGCAGGGGGGAGCCGGAUGCCCCUGAGCCCGUGCACGGAGGAGAGGGGGGCGAAUGCUUCUUCCCCUUGUCCAACACGGCCGUCUCGUCGGAUCCUGAGAACUUCCUGUGGGAGAGGGAGACUGUCCCAUCCAACCCCGUCCGGUCCUGGCUGAAACAUGAGAGCGGCCGAGCUGCACCCCCGACUCCCUUCUCCCCGGAUGCCUCCAGCCCGCUCCUGCCCAUGCCUGCGGAGUUCUUCCACCCUGCUGUGUCUGCCAGCCAGAAAGGGCAGGAGAAGGUGGCUGGCGCUGGGACGCUCCCCAAGAUUGCCCUGCAGGGCUCCUGGGCAUCCCUGCGGUCGCCGAAUGUCAACUGCACCCUCCUCCGGCAGGCCACGGGGAGCGACACGUCGUUGGAGGCCAGCCGCAGCAGCUCGGCCGGCAGCCUGCAGACCACGCUGGAGGACAGCCUGACCCUGAGCGACAGUCCCCGGCGCGCCCUGGGGCCCCCGGCCCCCGCACUGGGCCCGCGGGCCGGCCUGUCGCCCGCCGCCCGCCGCCGCCUCAGCCUGCGGGGCCGGGGCCUGUUCACCCUGCGCGGGCUGCGGGCGCACCAGCGCAGCCACAGCAGCGGCGGCUCCACCAGCCCGGGCUGCACCCACCACGACUCCAUGGACCCCUCGGACGAGGAGGGCGCGGGCGGCCGGGGCGGCGCGGGCGGCGGGGGCGCGGGCAGCGAGCACUCGGAGACCCUCAGCAGCCUGUCGCUCACGUCCCUCUUCGGGCCGCCGCCCCCGCCGCCGGGGCUCACGCCUGCCCGCAGGUUCAGCAGCACCAGCAGCCUGGCCGCCGGCCCCGGCCGCCCACGCGCCCCCUCGCGGCCCCGCGGCCUGGCCCGGAGCCCCUCCUGGGCCGCCGACCGCAGCAAGGACGCGCCGGGCCCGGCCCCCUCGCGGCCCGAGCUGCCGCCCGCCCCGGGAGAGCUGCAGCCGGGGGAGGCCGCCAGCAAGAGGAAGAGAUGAAGGCUGCAGGGGCCCGGCCGGACGCCCCGUCUCACCUUCUUUUACCUCAGGAGCCAGGGGGGCAGGCAGCAAUACUUCGGCCACAAGCUGGGGGUCGCGCAGGGGCCGGCCAGCGCCAGGCCGCCGAGAGGGUGGGCUUGAGCAGGGUCUGGGUUAGCCGAGGCUCGGUGGUGGCCCCAGCCGUGGCCCAGCUGUGGUCCUUCCCGUGCAUAUACAUAAUAUAUAUAUAUGCAUAUAUAGAGAGAGAGACAGACAUAUAUAUUUAUUUAUUUUUUUUACUGAGAGCUUAUGAUUUCCAGAAAGUGCUAAAGUUGGGGGGUGCAGGCCGGCGCCCGGACAGGGCCUUUGCCUGAUGCUUAGGACCCAGGCCAAACCUACCCCAGGGCAGAUGGGGCUGCUGGCGUGAUAACGGCUGAGAUUUCUGGUGUCUCCCCUGGGUUGGGAGUAGUUUGGGAGAGGCUCUCAGGCCUCUGAAGUUCCCAUGGCCGGGGAGACAGGCCCAGAAGAAGAGGUGAAAUUCAGGGUGCGUUUUUUUUUUCCUUUAAAGAAGAAACGCCGCUAAGAUCCUCCCCCCACGUAUUGGGGUGUCUGUCUUGUUCCUGACUGUCUAGUUGUUGUGAACAGUCUUUUGUAGAUGCCCCAGAGCACACUCUUAGUCAACCAGUUAGACGUCUUUCUUUAGGAAAAUCAGGGGUGAAUAGUUGUAAUUUCUUAGCGCAGGGGUGGGGGUGGAGGGUAGCUCCAAGGCUGGGCAGGGGGCUCAGCCAGUGGGCACUUCCAGGGGUGGGGGUCUGCCAUGGCUUUGCCCCCAGGAAGGCCGAGGGCAGGCACGGAGGCUGCAGGAGAGAGGAAGGGGAAAGGGUAUUAAGCAGACCAUGAGAUGCUUGGAGGUCAAGAGUACCUGCCUGGUCUGUGCUGGCCAGGGUGCCCUGUGGGCCCCCUGGGCUCAGACAGUCAGUGACAGUUACUUAACUACCUUUUACCCUCCAGGCGGACCUUGGGUCAUGGUCAUUCUGAGAGGUCCUGCUCCCCGCUGACCCCCUGAGCAGCUCUGCCCCCCUCCUGUGGAGUUCAGGGAGAAGCAGACCUGAUAAGAUUCUAAGCAGGGGCGGGGGCACCUGCCUAGCCUUAGGACCAGCCCCACUCCCCGGUCCCGACCACUUUCCCAGGCUACAGAUCAAGUUUCCCAUAGCAGUGCUUCCCAAGUGGGUUCACAGAUGGGUGGUUUUUUCUUUUAUUUGGAGAGUUACGCAUUUAUUUCAGUAUUUAUUAGGAAAUAAACAGCACAUUGGACCCACGAUUUCCAGACCUUGCUUAGGUCAAGGCAAAGUUUUCAAAAGCGAGUGGAUUUAAGGCGACUUUGAAGAAGGACAUUGGGAGUGUGGUGGAGGAGGUCGUCUGCAGACAGGCAGAGUCCCGGGGAGGGGGAAGGCUGCAAGUUUGGGGGACACUGCACUUCAGCAAUAACCAGGCCCUUCGCCUUCGCGAGAUCUCCUCAAUGGCUUCUGCUGGGCCCUGCCGAGGGGGCCCCGUUCCCAAACCCUGACCUUAAAGAACUUGCCUUCAGGCCAGGCUGGCGAGUGGUACUGGGCGGUUGGCUGCCUGGGUGGGCUCCGGUCCCUCCUGGGCACUUGGGGCCUGGACGCUGCAGCCCAGGGAGGAGGUAAUGGGUGGCUCGAGCUUUGCGGUCUGUAAAGCGUUUCCCUUCGGAGAUGGCGUGGGGGGUGGCGCAGGGUGAGCCCUGGAGCCUCUGGAGCUUUGCCGUCCUCACCCAGAAGCGCGGGCGGUGGGCCGCCAAGGUGACGCCCAAGCAAGGAACGCCCCUCCCAGGAUGGCGGCCUCCGGGGUGAGGGGUCGGCCGGGCCCUCCCGCUCAGGGAGCGUGUAGACCCCAGGGGUCUUGUCUGCACCUGCUCCUGCCGGCUCCUCAGCUGGUGGGGGAGGCCGGGCCCGCCCCCCAAGCUGCCCGCUCCAGGAGCCUUGUGCCGCCUCCCUUGCCGUGCUGAUUGUUUUGUUACGGGAUGCCCCUCCAGGGCAGAAGGGGUCACAGGUAGCUCUGCCUCACCCUCCCUCCCAGCACUGCUCUGGCCCUGAGCGAUCGCGGCCAGAGGGGAGACAGCGUGCCUGUCCACAUGUUCCUGGACGGGCGUGUGCUGGAACCUGGAAGAGGGACGUGGGACCCGGAAAGGCCGAGUGGAGGACAGACUGGGGGUCGAGGGUUGGCAUCCGGUGCUGGUCAGCAGCGUCCAGUUUCGGGGCCCAGGCGUCAUCUUCUUUAAUCCGCACGGCGGCCCUGAGCCGCGUGUGCUGCUGUUCCACACAGACCGGGGAAGUGGCUUCCCCAGUGUCACCAGGUUAACCUGGUUAACCAGGGUGGCCGGGGUGGGGGGGGGGCGGUCACGGGAGACGGCGUUUCUUCCUGGAGGGCUCCAGAUGCUAUUCCCAGGCGCUUGGCUUUGUUCCUGUGAGCUCCUGUGUACAGGAGUUAGGGGAUUGGCCGCGAUUGCCUGGCUGGGACAAGCCAACAUGGUUAAGGGUUGGCUGGAUGGUCCCUCUGCCCUCCUGAUCCUGCGACCUGUUCAUCACAAAAGCACAAACUUACCCUAAGUCGCACAGAUCUGGCCCCGGGGAGAGCGGAGAACUUGGUGCCGGCACCCCAAGCCAUCUGCUCGCGGGGCUCUGUGGAGUGGUGGCUGGCGGGAGCCUCGGCACCCCCACAGAUGGACCCAAGACCCGAAGGGGCCGUGGCCUGCCGUGGUCAAACCCUCUUCCUGUCCCCUCCCUGGCCGCCUUUGCGCCUGGCAGCCCCCUAAAGGAUGAAGCGUGCACGGUUUCAGCCCGUUGCCCCGUCCUCCCGCCAGAUCCUUCCCCUAGAGCCUUCUGUGUCCAGGGCCACCUCCGGCCCUCUUUGCUGCGCUGUGUAAGGGCUUGGGGUCUUAGAAGCCGCUCUUCAGCCCAGAUACACGUACUUUUUUUUUUUUUUUUUUUUUUUGUCUUUGUGCAAUAAUCAGUGUUCCUGGUGGAGCCUCAGCUUAGCUGCGGCCUGGAGAGGAGGCGGAGGGCGCCUCCUCCAGGAAGCCCUCAGCCUGGCCCUGCCGCUGUGACUAUCGCACUCCCAGUCGCUGUACAGUUUCUAUGGUGUGAAUGAACUUCCCUCCUGGUUGCUGACGGCGCUGGUCCCUGCUGGCCCAGAUGGCCCGGGCAUAGAGAAACCAAGUGGCAGCUCCCACCGUGUUGUUUUGAAUAAAAACCCAGAAGCCUAUUUCAGAAAUUU